AUGAACGUUCAAACCGGCAGCAGUAACUCGACUUCAGCUGUUGCCUUUGAUGUGGCUGAUGCGGUGCUGAAGAAUGUGAUUACUGUUGGCCUCUGUAUCUCCAUCAUCUGUAUCAACUCUGUCCUGGUGCACAUCUUUGUCCAGCAUGAGACCUUUUCUUUGAACCCUCGCUACAUUCUCUACAUCCACCUGGUUAUCAACGACAUCAUCGUUUUGACCAUGCUGACCCUCCUGUACAUGCUGAGCUACACCAUCUUCACUUUAAACGUGUCUUUGUGCAUGGUGCUGAUCAUCUUAGCCAUUUGCACCAACAUAAAUAAUCCUAUGACUCUCGCUAUUAUGGCCAUUGAAUGUUAUGUGGCUGUUUGCUUCCCACUACACCACUCCCGGGUGUGUACAGUGAAGAAAACAUACAUCAUCAUUGCAUUUAUAUGGUUGUCAAGUCUCCUAACCAACCUACCAGAUGUCUUUGUGAGCUUAGCCGUUGAAUCCUCAGAGUUUUUCCAUUUGCGAGUGUUCUGUCUACGAAAUACAGUUUUCAGACACCCCGCUCUUCCACAAAAGAGAGAUAUUUCCUAUGCCGUGUUGUUAGUGAUUGUCUGCCUGACCCUUUUGUACAUAUAUUGUAAAAUACUCCUUGCAGCGCAAUCAGCAAGCACGGAUGUGAAGAAGGCCCGAAAAACAAUCCUCCUGCAUAGCUUUCAACUAAUGCUUUCCCUCCUCACUUAUCUCAAUAAUGUUGUAGAGGCUGGCCUAAAACACUUGUUUCCUAAUAGUAUUGUGAUUAUUAGAUUCUUCAUAACCAUCUUAAUCACCAUCAUACCUCGUCUGGUCAGCCCACUGGUCUAUGGUCUCAGAGAUAAAAUGUUCAGGAAAUACCUAAAGUACUAUUUUUUGUGUAUGAAAAACAAUCAAAUAGAUAUUUGA